AUGUCAACCUUAUUCUCCUCUUCUUUAUUCGAAAUUCCGCAUCCAACCCAUUAUAGAUACCGUGUCUCCCUUAGUUCUCCUCCGGAAAAUCAAGACAAUGACCGAUUUUCCAGACCGGCAAUGAUAACGCUGAUUUUCCACAGGUUCGAUAUCUAUCAGAGGUACGAGCGGUCGCUUAAUGUCCGUCUAUCCGAAUUGCCUGUUCCCAGAGAGCAAAGAUUUGUCCAUGUGCCCGCCAGCGAUUGUGGAGAAUCGGCAGAAGGACCUGAAUGUGAGAUCAUGGCUGCCAUGGGAAUCCCACCAAACGUUGUCAAUCAAGUUUGCUCUGAGGUUAGGAGAGCUUGUAGUGGCACCGACGCCUCGAUUUUUGCCGACAUAUACAUAGCACAGGUCCAUCAACAAGUAGUUGCUUAUGAUGAUGAUGCUAAUGAUGAUUAUGUUAGCGAUCCGUUGAUGGAAGACGUUGGAACCAUCCCUGCUUCCAAAGCAUCCAUUGAUGGGUUAACAAGACUAAGGUUUCAUCAGGGUUCUCAUGACCCUGGAGUCACUUGUGUUGUUUGCUUGGAAGAGCUUGAAGAGGAUGAUGAUCUGAUUGAGCUGCCAUGCUCCCACCUUUAUCAUGAAGAUUGCAUUGUUAAGUGGCUUUUGUCCAGCCACCUUUGUCCGCUUUGCCGCUACCAGAUGCCCACCGAGCAGCCCCGACUCUGUCCUUAUUGCGGCACUUAUGCCCACUGA